AGGCCGGGAGGGACGGGUCACAGGGUAACUCCCCUCGGAGUGCUCCGCGGAGUUCGGGGAGAGCCCCUCGGUAGUGAGUGGUGCCGUAACUCUCACGCGCGUGCGCAGCUGGGCGGUGGUUGGACUGCGAACCUGGGGGGCGUCGCGGAGCUCGAGCAGAUCUCAGAAAAGGGCCAGAUCUUCCAGUGAAUUUUCAGGGCCCUCCUUCAAGUCAAUAGGCAUCGUGCAUUUUCUUUGAAGAAGUGUAAGGAGAGGACAAAACCAUAGCAGAAGGGGGGAAAAUGUCCAACCCCUUCUUAAAGCAGGUUUUCAACAAGGACAAAACCUUUCGGCCCAAGCGCAAAUUUGAACCAGGCACGCAGAGAUUUGAGCUUCACAAAAAGGCCCAAGCCUCCCUGAAUGCAGGACUAGAUCUGAAGUUAGCAGUUCAGUUGCCUUCUGAUGAGGAGCUAAAUGACUGGGUGGCUGUCCACGUGGUAGAUUUCUUCAAUCGCAUCAACCUCAUUUAUGGAACCAUCAGUGAUAACUGCACCGAACAGUCAUGUCCAAUAAUGUCUGGAGGCCCCAAGUAUGAGUAUCGAUGGCAAGAUGAGCAGAAAUACCGGAAACCAACUGCUCUCUCUGCACCCAAGUAUAUGAACCUUUUGAUGGACUGGAUUGAGGUUCAGAUCAACAAUGAAGACAUCUUUCCUACCAAUGUUGGUACUCCAUUCCCCAAGAACUUUCUACAAGUGGUAAAGAAGAUCCUGUCCAGGCUUUUCAGAGUUUUUGUUCAUGUUUACAUCCACCACUUUGACCGAAUCACUCAGAUGGGCUCUGAGGCUCAUGUCAACACCUGCUAUAAGCAUUUCUACUAUUUUGUGAAAGAGUUUAAUCUGAUAGACACCAAAGAAUUAGAACCACUGAAGGAAAUGACCUCCCGGAUGUGCCACUGAAAAUGGGGCCACCCCUCAGGACUGCUGAAAUCCACCUUUCUGCACCCAUGGAAAUGCCAUCUAGAAACCAGAGACUCUGAUACACACAUUAAAAUUAUAUAUUUUUUUAAACAAGAACAUCCCCAGUCAAAAUUCUUGUACCUUUUCUUGAGUACUGUGACAUUACAGUAAUCAUUUUUAAGAUGCUAUAGUUGAAGAUUAUUUUUGUUGUGUUUUUAAAAUUGAUUUCUAGAGGGGCAGCCUGCAAGAGUGGAAAGAGCACUAAACUAGUUGUCAGAUGUGAUCUCUAGUCAUGUCUCUGCCACCAACAAGCUGUGUGACCUUGGGCAAGUCAUUUAAUCUCUCUAGACCUCAGUUUUUUCAACUGUAAAAUGAAAGGGGCUAGUUUAGAUGGCCUUUAAGGUCUUUUCCUUCUCUAAGAUUCUAUAAUUUUGUGAUUCUAACUUUCCUUCUAGCCUUUAAAAAUCUCUGAUUCUCAGUGAAUGGAAAAACCCACUAUGUCCUUAAACCACUUAUUUUUGCCAGGAGGCAGAAGAGUAUUGUCAGCAAAAGCACCUGACACUUCAUCAUUUCAUCUGAGCAUCGCUGAAAUCCUCUUCUCGAAGCCUCCAUGGGCUGCCAGCAUCUCAGCCUGUACUUGCCUUGGAACUGUGUUAAUUGCCUUCUCCUGGAUGUAUUAUGCACUGAUCACCCAGACAUGUGAGGGGAAAGAUGGUUAUUUUCUCUCGAGAACAAGAUGGAGGACGUUCUGCAGAAUAGCUGAGAGUCAGAAGGAGCAGAUCGAGAGAGUUUGUUGAGUCAUAGAAAUUAAUAAGAGCCCCUUAACCUCACAAGUAGCUACCAGUUUUUAGUUUUAUUUUUUAGUAUAAGGUACGACUAGCACACAAAUUGCACUCUCCCUCAACUUUAUUUUAACCCCAAUUCUCCCCCAGGUAGCCUCCCUGGCUAGUCAACAUGUGCUUCUGAUUGAAACCUAACUCCUUACUCCUUCUCCAUCAGGGUUUUCCCAAAUCAUUUUGGCCACAGAGCACUUUUGGCUAAAAAAAAGUUUUGAUUGAAUAUUUAAAUGGCUGGCCAGGAAACCUCUAAUAUAAAGGAAGUUGGAAAUUUGGGGAAGUAAAAUAGAAAACAUUAAAUCUAUUUUUGUGAUAGAAAUUUGCUACUCAUAAUUAUCAUUUUAAUAAUGCACCAUUUUAUAUUUAAUAUUUUAGAGAUGAUAUUCCUAGCAUCAGUUCUCUCAUGGAAUCCUUAUUCAUUUGUUGUGGAAUCCCUGGGUUCCACAGAACCGUUUGGGAAACACAGACCUUGAACAAAUAAUAAACCCCAGCACAAAAACCAUGUAUUUCUUCUAAAUUGGAGAUUGAGUUCUCAUAGAGUCCCAUUUACCUCACUUAGAGGAACAAGGAACAAUCCCUUAUAAUUGCUGAACCCUGAAGGAUUUCACUUUUCUAUUACCAAAAAAGCUGAGCUAAAUCUUCUCUUAUAUACAUCUUAGUUGAGGAUUUGAGUUUUGCUUUUGACAUGUUUUGCUUCCCUUUUAGCUGUUUUGAGUUCAGCUUUCUCGUGAUAUGGAAGAAUCAUUUGUCAGAGACUGAUCUUUUGUUGAUAAGAAUUAUUCUUUGAAAUAUAGGUCACCAAGGCCAAUGGACCAAAAUCCAUAUUGUCCUAUUGCCUUCAUAGGACAGUGUGAACUGCAAGUAAGAGUUAUGUAGACUCUGCCCAAGUGAUUGAAAGAAGCCACAAAUCCUUUUUUCCGGUACUCUGGAGCUAAUCCUUCACCUGAAGAUUUCUCCCACCCUCAGAUCAUUCCUGAAAUCAUUACUAUUGAGUUUUUAAAGACUUUUUGAUCGUGUCUCUUUUGAUGAGCCUGACUUGAUUCUGAAUUCCUGAAUACCAUGUUUGAAUUUGGUUUUGCCAACAAAUCAUUCACCAUUAGUAGUUGGCUGCAUUAACUGUAAACCUUCUCUGCUGAGAUAACAAGCUUGUUGAAAUUGGCUGAGAUCCAUCCACUGCCCUAUGUGUAAGAGCACCCAUCUUCAACAUUCCCAGGGCAAAGAACCAGAACUUGAGCCCCUUUUCACCCAUAUCAAGCAUUUUCUAAAUUAAAAAGGUCAUAUCAAGUGAAUGUUUUUAAAAGUGUUUUGGUGUUUCUAGUGACCAAGCUCCCAUAGCCGUCUCUUUUAGGUGUUUAGCAGAAGGCAGGAGCAGAGCAGCAUCUGGUGGCAGCUUAAAGUGAGCUCGACACAUUCCCUUCCACUGCUUGCUAAGUCAGAGAUAGAAACUGGAGGAGUCCAAGUCCCUGUGUAAUUCUGCCUUUGCUGGAAUCUGUCAUUUAGAGAAUAAUACAGUUGUUUGAAACAUUCCUCUCCAGUCCACCACAUACCACUAUUAUUCUUGGAAAUGAACAUAAAAAUAAAUUAUGCUGUAUUUGUCUAA